UAGCAGCAACAGUAGUAGUAGUAGCAGCAGCAGCAGUAGUAUUGCGAACGACGGGAAUUAUCGCAAGGCCGUCGCGCUAGUGGCAGCUAUCGAGGAGCUGUUCUUGCUAUUUAAGUCUUUUUCUCGUCCUCGUCAUCGUAGGCAACAACUACGACGAUUGCCGCCACGGCUUUCACCGAGAUGGUUGGACUGGCGGGCGGGGGAGGUCAUCUAUACCCCUCGCCCCCAAUGCAGCCUAACCUGGAGCUGAGAGAAACUGGAAUGACUCCUAGUGCUCCAACAAGUGCCGAUGCUUGUUUGAGUAUAGUUCAUUCUUUGAUGUGUCAUCGGCAAGGAGGAGAAAGCGAAGGCUUUAGUAAGCGUGCAAUCGAAUCUCUAGUAAAAAAAUUAAAGGAAAAAAGAGAUGAACUAGACAGUUUAAUAACUGCCAUCACAACCAAUGGAGCACAUCCUAGUAAAUGCGUGACAAUACAGAGAACACUGGAUGGUAGGUUGCAGGUUGCUGGUCGGAAAGGUUUUCCACACGUUAUAUACGCACGUAUUUGGAGGUGGCCAGAUCUUCAUAAAAAUGAAUUAAAGCAUGUGAAAUAUUGUCAAUUUGCUUUUGAUCUUAAAUGUGACUCUGUUUGUGUCAACCCUUAUCAUUAUGAACGAGUUGUUUCUCCUGGAAUUGAUCCAUUCUUUACAGACCUAUCGGGCCUGACACUACAGUCGGGUGUCGGGGUCGGUCCAGGUGGGCGUCUUGUCAAGGAUGAAUACAGUGUCGGAGGUGGUGGCAAUGCGGCUUCGGUCGUCGCUGGUGUCGGUGUAGGCUCUGGCAUGGAUGUUGACGGCGAAAUGAACCAGACCAUCCAGCACCAUCCGCCGGCCCAGGCACCGGCGUCCAGCAACACCCAACAGUCGCAACAACCUUUCAUGCCUGGGCUACCACAGCCAACAGUCGCUAAUGGUGAGGUAAUGUUUAACGGGGCAGCGAAUAGUGCUAAUCCCCGCGGCAAGCUGGAAGAUAGUAGUUCAUGCUCUCGGCAGACUUGGAUUCCUACGCCGCACCAUUCCUCAGCGCGAAACAUACACCAUUGUAAUCAACAACAGUCGUUAAAUUCAACAAGUGCUAAUAGUAGUGGUCAAAUUUUAAAUUCCCCACAAGGACAAGGCAACGAAACAUUUUAUAGUACGACAACACCACCGCAGGAUCUGAAUCAAGCGCCAUCAUCUGUAGACGCUUUGACAGCCACGCUUACCGGUGGAAGUCAAAGUUCACCAGUAUCACCGGUUCAUAUUCACCAUCAAAACGGUUUCGCAGUCGCCACUGUUGCAAAUCCUUACAACACUGGAGCACCACAAUGGACUGGGGCAAAUACACUCACCUAUACUCAAAGUAUGCAGCCGCCUGAUCACCGACAUCUUCAUGCAACUUCUUACUGGGGAAAUCACGGAGCUGAUGUAACAGGUAGUAUAGGAGGCGGAUUGCUAUCGAGUCAGCCGGCUCCUGAGUAUUGGUGUUCUGUGGCAUAUUUCGAGCUCGACACACAAGUAGGUGAGACGUUCAAGGUAAGCAGCGGCUGUCCAACCGUCACCGUUGACGGCUACGUCGACCCCAGCGGCGGCAAUAGAUUUUGCCUGGGGGCUCUUAGCAAUGUUCAUCGCACGGAACAAAGCGAGAGAGCUCGUCUUCAUAUAGGCAAGGGCGUAGUACUUGACCUACGAGGCGAGGGCGAUGUAUGGUUGAGGUGUCAAAGCGAGCACAGCGUGUUCGUGCAAUCGUAUUACUUGGACAGAGAAGCCGGCCGGGCGCCAGGCGACGCCGUCCACAAAAUCUACCCCUCGGCUUACAUCAAGGUGUUUGACUUGCGACAGUGCCACAAGCAGAUGAGGGGUCAGGCAGCGACCGCACAGGCAGCAGCAGCGGCACAAGCUGCCGCGGUCGCAGGACACCUUACCCACGGUGCACCCAUUACCAAAAGUCUUAGUGCAGCAGCCGGCAUUGGCGUCGAUGAUCUUCGUCGUUUGUGUAUUUUACGACUAAGUUUCGUAAAAGGAUGGGGCCCUGAUUACCCGAGACAAAGCAUCAAGGAAACCCCAUGUUGGAUAGAGGUGCACCUACAUCGAGCACUACAACUCCUUGAUGAAGUGCUGCAUACAAUGCCAAUAGAUGGACCGCGGGGCAUCGAAUAAUGCUGAAUAGCAGCAGGUCGUUUAAUGUAAAGGAAUGUGGAUCUAUUCAAUUAAUUUCCCGCUUCUGUUAAAGAAAAAGGAAGCAAGUACAUGUUUGCACGUGUGCAUAUAUAAACUCGCUUGCACACUUAAAAACACAGACGCAAGGAAAUCCAAUAUGAGAAAAAGGCAGGCAUUAUAAAUACAUUUAGAAAAUCUUUCUUGCUCUCAACUUUAAAAGACUCAAAAAACCAAAUGACCCAGUGAUGAUGAAGAACAAUAAAUAAUAUUAAUAAA